AUGAAAUCAGCCAGUAAUCUGAGCAACAACAUAACACCAGCCAGAGCCAGACACAUAAUUGCGGCCCGAAUAGCUAGCCGGCGUGAAAAUCACUACUCCAGCAUUGAAUUACGAUUGUUCAACAGCAGUAACGGACACAGCACUAACUCAUGUUGUUUGAGAAAUUUGGAAAGAAAUGGAAAGCAACUUAUAAUAACUUCGUAUAUUCCUUACUAUCCACCAAAAGCGCUCAUCAUCCCUUCCUAUUUUGGUGUGUUGGUAAUGGUAUGUGUAGCAUGCUAUAUUUACAAUAUCCCACCGUUAAUCAACUUGACAACAAUAUCGCAAGCAAUGGAUAAUGAAGCUCUAUUUUGA